AUGGGAUACUUGGGCUGUCGGACAGGGCUGCUUACGAAUCUCGGCACGUCGGAAGUAUCCGCGGACGUCUUGAGCUCCGUCAAGGAGAUGUCACUGCUACCAGAUUCGGUGUAUUGCAUCGAGUUUCAGAUCAAAGGGUCGCCACGGGGAGCGUUUGUGGUCAUCGUAAGCUUGACGCGGCACUCGACCCUCUUGGCAUCGAUCCAGAGGCGGGAAGAUGUCAACUUGGAGAUGGGUGUUCGAGAUACGAUGAUCGAAAACGUACCUGGAAUCACGGAACAAGAGAUUGUGGGUGGCACCAUUCGUAUCCAGACACGCCCCCUUCAAAAUUCAGCGCUGCCGGAGCGCACACCGGUGCCGCUUGACUACCUGAAUUACGUACUUGAGGUCGCGGUGGUCAGGAAGGGCAGUCGAGGCAACAAUGCUGAACCCUCCAACGCAAAGAAGCGAAAAUAUUCGUCUGAUCAAUGA